GAAGAUCAAGAUAGAGUCUUUUUGAAAAGAUGACCUUAAUUCCACUAUCCAACACAUGUUUACAAAUAUGGUGUUUAUUCACAAUUUUCUUUUUUUAUAAAUGUUAAAAAUUUGAAGGACCAAGAUAUUAAUUCAUAUCUUUAAGCUUAAAAUUCCUCUUUUUUUUAUUUUACACUUUGGUCUCUUUUAACACACGCUAACCCAAUAUUUUGUGUUUGAUAGGUCGGUUUCGGCAACAUAAAGGAUCUGGAACUCUCCAAAUUCCCUGAAUUCGAAGAAAAAAUUUUUAAAUCUGAAGUUCCAGAUGGCUUAUUUUAUAAUUUAAAGUCGCUGGUUUUGGACGCAUUUUUGGAAUCAUCAAGUGCAAUUCCAUCUCGUGUGUUAAACAACUUCAAAAAUCUUGAAAUACUCGAAGGAGUUGUGAUUCAUCGACACAAGUGUUUGAUACAGAUAGUCCGCUAAAUGUUGAUGGACAUAUUUCAAAGAGAAGUCAUCAAGAUGUUUUAAACUUGAAGAAUUUGAAGUCUCUUAAAGUGCACGAUUGUAAUGGAUUGAGAUAUAUAUUUACACCGUCCGUCAUCCAAAGCCUUGUUCAACUCCAAGAUAUAAAAGUUAAAAAUUGUGCUUUGAUAGAAGAAAUCAUCAGGAAAGAGGGGGGAAAUGAUGCAGAGAUUGAUAAUUUUUUUAUCCCACAACUCAACUCCGUUAGUCUUGAGUCGUUGCCAAACUUGACCAGAUUUUGUUCAGGAAUUAAUAGUUUGGCUUGUCCAUCCUUGAAAAGUAUUAUAGUAGCCAGAUGUCCAGAGAUUGAGACAUUCGUUUUUGCUGAUAUGAAGCACCAACCAGACCAUAUUGCACCUCUCUUCUGUGAAAAGGUUGUGUUUCCAAGGUUGGAGGAGAUGAUACUCUUACACUUGGGUAAAUUGAAGUUGAUCUGGCGCAACCAACUCCGUGGAAAUUCUUUUUGCAAAUUAAAAGAAGUGAGAGUUGAAUUCUGUGAAAAUUUGGUGACUAUUGUUCCAUCUAAUAGUGCUCAAGGACUUCUUACCUUUCAGAAUCUAGAAACAUUAACUGUUGGGAACUGUUGGAAUAUAAAAAGUCUGUUUCCAGUUUCUACAGCUACUAGUCUUUUGCAACUCAAAAACCUUUGGCUAUUCUCUUGCGGUUUGGAGGCUAUUGUUGCCGAGCAGGAAGUAGAUGGGACUCCAAAAUUUUUUUUUCCUCAAUUAACGCGGCUCAAGCUGGACAAUUUACCAGAGCUCAAACAUUUCUACAUGGGGUCCUAUACAGCAGAGUGGCCAAUGCUUAAGGAAUUGUUGGUGUACUUUUGUAAGAAGAUAAAAGUACAUGCUUACGAUGGAGAGAGCCAACCUGCCCUAUUUUCGUUUGAAAAGGUCAUACCUAAUUUGGAAUUAUUGGGUUUAAAUCCCAAUAACGUAACAUCCUUAUGUCUUGAUCGUGUUCCCCCAAGAAGCUUUUGGAAAAUUAAAUUUCUUGUGCUGAGUAGCUUUGAUGAUGAUUCUAUCGGAUUUCAGUUUGAUCUCCUUCAAAAAUCGCACAAUCUGGAAAAACUUGGUCUAUGUGAUUGUACUUUCCAAGAAAUGCUCCCACAUGAAGGAUAUGCAAGGAAACAAGAAUCCCAAAUGGAAACAUUUCUCCGGAAUCUUCAAACUUUGAGAGUAUUCAGAUGUCAUCGUUUGACAUAUUUAAUGUCAUCCUCAUACAUUUGCUUCAAAAACAUAAAGCAUUUGGAAGUCUACUGUUGUAAUGGAUUGGCAAGUGUACUAGGAUGCUCAGCAGCAAAAACUCUUGUCCAAAUCAAAACAAUCAAAAUCAUAGAAUGCGAGUUGCUGACAAAGGUUAUGACAACUGAGUUUGAGAUAGAGACAACAGAAGAGUAGAUUGUUUUCAAUCAACUGAAAACAUUGGAGCUUCAUUGUUUGAAAAGCUUCACAUGUUUCUACUAUGCCAAUUAUGCUUUCCGAUUUCCAUGCUUAAAACAAGUGAUUGUGAGUCAAUGCCCCAAUUUGAAGAUUUUUUCUCAUGGAGGUUUAAGCACACCAAAACUAAAGAAGGUACAACUAACAAAUCAUAAUGAUGCAAAAUAUAUUUGGAAGGGUGACCUUAAUUCCACUAUCCAACACAUGUGAGAUUUGUGUGUCUCAAACUUUUAAUUGAAGGGCAUAAUUGCAAUUCAAUAAAGUGAGGUUGAUAUUUCAUUUCCUAGCAUGAUCAAAAAUAGUCAUGUGAUAGCUUGGAUAUUUUUCUAACCUUGAGUAUAAAAAUACUAGAGUUAUUUGAGUCAAUGGAAUUUGAUAUGUUGAGUGUAUUGUCUUAAGUAGUUUAAGGGUAAAUGAGUCUUUGGCUUUAAUGACAGUCUUAUAAUAUUGUGAAUAAGUCAUGGACGUUCUUGGUUAUGAUAAUUUUAACCAAACACAUAAAAGUAGCGUUUUACCCUGGUUAUUUUGCUUGUUGCACAUUCAAUAAACUCUUAUCUUUUGAGUUUA